UAGCACUGCUCACUUCGUUUGGAUUUUGCAUGGACAAGUUCAACAAAUUUCGGGCGAUGGUUGACCGUCACGAUCUAGAUAUUAGAUCUAUCUUUGUGGAUGAAGUGUAAAAAUUGAGUACAUUAAGCUUAGCACAGUAAUGUUUUAUAAUCAUAUCAUUAUAAUGAUGGUAAUAAUAGUAAUAGCCGAAUAAUAACUGACUGCUUCCACAAGUGACAAGAUCCAACAACGUCCGUCCAACGAACGCGACAGCAGUCAACAGGCGCAGGCAAAAUACGGCAAACAAGAGAACAGAUUAGAGAAGAACAUUUGAUACCUUGAAACUGCAAGUUAUCAGAGGCCAGAAAAAUUGAAAAAUGUCCAGGUUUGAGGUUUGUAGGUUCUCUCCCUCACCUGACCCGGAGCUGGUCUGCGGGAUUUGCAUGAAUGUCCUUGACGAGCCCCAGGAGACGCCGUGCCGGCAUGUGUUCUGCGGGGUGUGUAUCAGGAAGGCUGUGAAGGAGAGCUCCAAAUGUCCUCUGUGCCGCUCGCGCUUCCGGGAGAGGAACCUGCGGGGUGUGGCGCAUCUGGUGCUGAACAUGAUCAACAAGCUGACAAUCCAGUGUGAUAAUUUUGAGCUUGGAUGUACCAAGUUGAUUCCUCUGGAAUUUUUUCCUGACCAUGAGAAGUGCUGCCCGUAUGUCAGUGUGCAGUGCAAGUACUCAGGCUGCGUUGAGAUGGUGCUCCGACGCGACCUUGAGGAGCACGAGGAGCGAUGCGUGCACCGGGAGUACAGGUGUGGAGUCCGGGACGGCUGUGGGCUGAUGCUGAAGUGGAAGGAAGUGGAUGACCACAGGUGUAUCAAGGCUCUACAGGACAUCAUUCAGGGGCUACAAGAAGAAAACAAAGCCCUGCAGACAAAUUCAUCAGACUUGACCGCUGUGGUGGAAAGGCUCAGAACAAAGCUUGAAUAUUAUGAAGGAGGAGAACUGGACGAUUCUAAUUCUACAGACCAGGACGACAUGGGUCUGCCCGGCGAGGAUAUUGGCCAUUAUGAUGACUUUAUGGACAACUGGGCUCAUGGUUUGGAUCCCUUGGACAUGGACCAUAACCUGUUGAUGAAUGCUAGACGGGCGUCACCUAGCAUGUAUUGGUCGGAAGCUGGACAGGAAGGGAUCCCACGUGGAGCAGUGACGACAGCUGAACAGGAAGCGAUACCACGGGAGGAAGUGACGACAGCUGGACAGGAAGCGAUACCGCGGGAGGAAGUGACGACAGCUGGACAGGAAGCGAUACCACGGGAGGAAGUGACGACGGCUGGACAGGAAGCGAUCCCACGGGGGGAAGUGUCGACAGCUGGACAGGAAGCGAUACCACGGGGGGCAGUGACGACAGCUACUACUGCUGCAUCGCCAGGUCCCUCCACUUCUAGCGCGCCGUCUGGUAGUCGAGGAACGGGCCCGGCCUCCCGUAAAAGGACGCACCCCGACACGGGCAGCACGCCGGGUGGGGAGGUGGGCAGAAAGAAGGUCAUACGUCUCACGGUGCGCCCUCUGGAGCUGAGACAACACUCUGACGGCACUCAUUCUCCGGUGAUCUCACUUCGUGGGGUCAGAUAUCAGUCAGACAGCUCCUCGAGCCAGGGGUCAUCACCUGUCAGCGAGGGGUCUCCGACACACGAGCAGGCUGCCUCGGAAACGUCCGACCACCAGAGAACUGUAGAAAACGAUGAGGUCACCACAAACAGCGACAACGGUGUGAUUCGUCGGUCAGCGAGGCUACAGCGAAGGCCCAUUAGCCUUGUGUCGCUGGUGGAGGAUGUUCAAAUCCCACCGUCUGCGGCCUACUUGCUGGACAAGUAUGGAGAUGGCGAUAGCUCCAGCGACGACGACAGCUGGACCCCGGAUGGGGAGGGACCUGACAAUGUCUUGUGAGGGUCCCCUCUCUUAGGGAUACAAAGUCUUAACUCACUGAGCCGCUGUCCCAGUGGAGAGGUAUCGACCGAUGUCUUGUGAGGGUCGCCUCUCUUGGGGAUUGUUCAUUGUUCAUUGUUCAUUGUUUCAGGAAGCAACAUCCCUGCACUCCAGACAUGUCCAUUGAUGCUC